GAUUAUGUGAAUUUUGCCGUAAAAGGUGUUUUUUAUCCGCAAAUAAAGUGGUUACGAGAUCAGCAUUAAGCAUAUCGAUACUAUCUUCCAAUCAAAGUUUCUUUCAUUUCACAAUCACUUAGGUGUUUCGUUGAAUUUUCAAAUUAGGAAAUCAGCCUCCGUUGAACCAAUGGAAAGGUUUUCUUUCUAACACUUUAAUUAUGACGUUCACACAGGGAAACACGACACGUGAGAGUUUUGAUUUCCUAUCAGCCCACACGGGUGCAAUUUUCUUUUUGAUUGUAUGUUGACAUCAUGUAAUUAGUAAGCACCAUUCACUAAUUACUUUAAUGUCUUAAUUACUCUUCAACAUCGUAUAUAAAAGGCCGUGAUCGUUAUGUUCUUCAGUAUUCAAAAUUCACUGAUAUUGAUAACACACAAACUGUUAGGAAGAAGAAUUUCAAACGAAAAUGAAUUUUGCACCUGUUUUAUGUGUACUAGUUUCAAUUGUAGCGAUUACUAACGGAUUCAACCAUAGUCGACUGCAAAAAAAAUUCUUAUUAAAAGCACAAUCAGAAAAAGGACCAUACACGAAAGAAACAUCGCAUCAGCGAUAUCGAAGAUUUUCUAACGAUGUGACAUUCGAACGUACACAAAGCAAGUUGACGGAAUACUUGACUAACAUGGUUGAGUACAUAUGGGAUGUUCAUAUGAACCAGAAAAAGAAUAUCAUACAAAAACAGCAAGUACGACAAGUACGAACGAAUUAUAUACAUAAUUCUGGUCUGCACUAACCAGCGUAAAUCUUAUACUCAGUAAUCGUUUAACGCACAUUCUGGCAGGCAAUCACAAAAAUCCGUUGACACUCAGUAAAUAAGAUAUCCGAUAUUUGAAGCGUUUCUCCACCAGAUAUCUCAAAUGACCGGUGACAUCAACUAUGACUAAUGACUGUCAAUAUCCUGAAUAAAUACAUUACUAAUGAUUUUAAACUUCCAUUCAGGUGAUGGUUUAUGUAACCUUUCUCAGACAAUUUUAGACAAUGGGAGAAUGCCCUAUCAAAAGUUUUUUUGUUUAUAAUUCCUUCUCUGUUGUAAAUUUUAGCACCAGCAAGUUCUUAUCUUUUUAGCGUUAAAUAGUUGAAACAAUGAAGAUUACCUGCAAUUUAAUAGGCUAAUUGCAGUUAAGCUGAAUUAGACUGAAUAAGUUAAAAAUAUUUAAUAUCUAAAUAUUCAUCUCUUUCUUUACUAUUAUGAAUUCUAGUCUAAUUCUGUUCCAUCAUCCCAACCUGAAUACAGUUAAUAUCAGUGAAAGCUCUCGCAACCAACAUAUAAUUGUAA